AUGCGAUCGUUUUUGUUGUGCUGCUUGAUUUACAAUACAGUUCUUGUGCAAGCGAGUGUGGUGCCGUAUAAGAGCUAUCUAAAACGAUCCAUAUCAAAAUUCAACACUAUUUUUGCUUUUGGAGACUCUUACACUGCAAAUGGCUCCCUGAAGAAAUUCUAUGCCGCCAAUGAUGUGGAUUUUGACGAGGCAGACUUGCAUCCAGAUACAAUUUCAACGAUCAAACGGUCUACCAAUGGCAUAAUGUGGGUCGAGUAUCUAUCUAAAUGGAUGAACGAUGCAUCUUUGUAUGAUUUUGCUCAAUCAGGUGCUACUGCAAACAACGAUUUGGUUGCUCAUCCAGGCUCGAUCGAUAUGACUCAUCAAAUUAACCGCUAUCUUGCUUCAAAUGUUGCCAAAGAGCCAAAGGAUACGGCUUUGCAUGUCUUGUGGACUGGCGUCAAUGAUGUAAGGCUCUUAUUCGAGGAAGAGGAUGAUGACUUGGCUAGACGGUCCAUGGUCGAUAGUAUAGCUGCUUCCAUCAGCAAUGAUAUGCAACGACUGUAUGAUGUGGGUGCCAAAUAUAUUAUACUACUGGGAUUAAUACCAUUGGACAUCACACCAUUGUAUCAUGAUAAGCCUUCUGACACAAAGAAAGCAUUCAAUAGGCUUGUCAAAUACUACAAUGCAGCACUCGUUGAACUAUUAAACCAAUUCAAGACCGAGCAUCGGGACGUCAAUGCCUCAUAUUUUGACACAUACCAGUUAUUGGAAACAGCAUUCAGUCAAAAGGAAUUGCAGAGAAACGCAAAAAUGGAUUGCGGAGGAAGAGCUGAUUGCGGAGACAUGAUUUGGUGGAACAAUUUGCACCCUACAACUGCAAUACAUGAGAAGAUAGCACAAGCAAUGUACAGUAGCAUUGCUUCUCUUGGUUGGUAA